AUUUAUUUAUUAACUGACACGUCGUUUGUGAAUCAUUUUAGAAUAGAAAACCACAAAUAACCCAUUUAUACAGCUGGGUAUCUUUUACUGUAUGAAAUUUGGGCCAAGUACCUCAAUCAAAGGUACUGCAGGAAUGGAAUUUCGAAGGAACUUUUAUCCCAACGUGGUAACUUUGCACAGAACACCACCUGCUCUUCCUGCUUCCGCACUGAAUCAUGGCCAUGUAUGCGAAAGUGCGCUGAACUAUAGUAUUUCACACGCGCAGUGCUCCAACGAAUAGGGCUGUAUUCCCACCGUUUGCAGGCAGCCAGUGUCACUUGACUCAGUCAUUCUGUUCUUGAGUUCCCUUUUUGUUUCCUCCCGAGUUCUACAUCAUGAUCAUCGCCUCGACGAAAAUGGUUUACUAAACUCAUACACGUAAAUUGCGUGUUCUGUUCACGUAAGGAAAAAUUAAAAAUCUUCAUACCACCUAAAGCCAUGGUAGUGUCAUUUCUUUGCGAAAAAAAAAGUGGCAUGCCUCGAUUAAGUCUAAUGAGUUAUUGAAACCCAUGGGGUGUCCACGUGAGAAUGUCGUGAUGUGUUGCCUGCGGUGGCUGGUCGUCACGUGCCGAACGGACAACAUAUAUUCUUGAGGGUGGGCGUGUAAUGGGUUUUCGCAUCUUUGUGUUUAGUAGAAAACAGUGGUUAGUGGCCGGCCUCAUGGGUUUCAUUACGAAGUCCGCUGUUGUGUGUUUUAUCUUAAGUUGGGCUUGCGCGAAAUUGAAUGUAACGGGGUUGCUUGAUGGCAGAUAUGACUACGGUAAAAUACAUAGCCUCUUCCAUCAUGAGCUGCCUGAGGAUCUUGAUAAAGCCUUAUUUUAUCCUUCGUAUAAUAUCGAUUUUGGGAAUUACAGAAAGUCAUCUACAGAGCAGUUGGAUCACUAUGAUGUUCCUAGUGAUGACUACUUCUCAGACACUGAAGCUGAUAUAGAGUUUGAACGUGUUGUACAGCCUGUGAGAGGUUUGGGAAUGCUUCCUUUUCCUGAACAAAAAGACCCACCUGAGCCCUUAACAGUCCUGUGCAGUGAAAAGCAAAUGAAAGUAACUUUGCCUGCUGGGCCAAUAGAGAAAAUUGGUAUCCUGGGAUCAAAAGGAUUCAUUCCAGUGCUGAAGGCCCCUGAGUCCUGUGGCUAUAUUAUUAGGAAAGGUGUAGCUCAUAACAUGUUAACCAUCCCUUCUCAAGGUUGCCAUGUUACAGUCAAGGAUGGCAGUUACACUGUCAGUGUGACUUAUCAAAUAGAUGAAGAAAAGGGUGCUGUCACUUUGUCUUGUCCAAAAAGUUCUUCUCCACGCUCCAGCGAUCGAUUAAUUCAUGGGAAUACCCAAAGAGAUGAAGCUGCUUCAGGGGGUACCAGAAGGAUUUUCCCUUUGGCUUCAAAGGAUGGGGCUGCCCAAGCCCAUAAUAAAAGUGUAUAUCAAAGUUCUGGUACCUCCCAACACUCUAGGUCCUUCAUUGGUAGAAAUCCUUGUUCUAGUUUCCAGCCCUCUUCCAGCUCCAAUGUUAAAAAGGGAAAUCUCUGUACCAGCACUCAUAGCUCCCCAGUUAAAGGUGGACCUCCUGGCUCCAACAGGCGUAGCUCCUUUGGCUCUGGCACUCGUGGCUCCCGUGUUAAGGGUGGCCCACCUGUAUCUGGUACCCGCAGCCCUCCUAGAGCCACUGUGAAAAGUGCAAAGCCAAGGUCCCGUAGCAGAGGUGAACGGACAUAUUCCAGCAUGCAGUUAACCAGCUCAAAUCCAAAUUUUAUGCGAGAAGGUUGCAAUAUCUUGCAAAGUCAACAGGUACAGUGUGGUCCUCCAAAAAUAUCAGCAUCUCUUUGCUUAGCUAGAGGUUGCUGUGUAGAACCUCAGACCUCAGCUUGCUUCUACCCCAUGGAUGAAUGCACAGCAGACAAAAAAUUUGUCUUUGCUGUUUAUUAUAAUGACUCUUCGUUUCCUGUGGAUCCCACCAGCUUGAUUGUAGCUGGAAAAGGCAGCUGCACUCCAGUAAUAAAAUCAAAUGACUUUGCCAUCUUCAUGUUUUCAGUAACUGACUGUGGAACUCAUACUUUUGAAGUUGGACAGACUGUAGUGUACCUGGCCGAAGUGCAGACUUCUGUAAGAGUUUACAAUCUGAAAUAUGGUGUCAUCAGCCGGGACAGUCCCCUCAGGUUACUUGUGGAAUGUCGGUACCCAAAAAGUAGUCUUGGAGAGGCUACCUUGGUCAGUGUUGGAUACAUGGUCAUGAGCCCUAGCUUGCCACCAUCUGUGGUAUCUGGAGGAUUGUUUGGAGUACAGCUUAGGAUUGCUACAGACAGGACAUACACAAAGUUCUACCCUCAUUACCAUCGGCCCCUCAAGCUCCUGCUUGGCAAGUCUGUGUUUUUAGAGCUGCGCCUAAUGGCCCAAAAUCGUUCUGCAGUACUACUGGUGAACUAUUGUUUAGCCUAUCCCCGCUCGGCAAAGAACGCCCUGGUUCUCUUAUAUGAAGGAUGCCCUAAUCCACUGGAUGGUGUGCCUACCUCCAUCCUUCAUGUCAAGGGCUUGCCUCAAACCAAACAUAAGCGCCGCUUUGAGAUAAAAGCAUUUCAGUUCAUGGAGCUGAAGUCUAAAAAGUACCUUGAUGAAGAGAUCUAUUUCAUGUGUUCCACAGAAGUCUGUCUACCUUCUGAGAAGCAAUGUAUAGAAGGCUGCUUUGGCUAGGCCUCAGCAUUCAUUGGAUCAGCCAGAAUAUCAGCCUCCAAUAAAAACACUUGGAGAAGGCUUAUGAUUAAUGGAUCAUGUUUUGUAAUUAAAAUGCAAAUAAAUUCUUUAC